AUGGAGCAACAGGAUACCCCCGAACAGCAUCCCGAACAAAUCCCACCAAGCAGCAGCAGCAGUCACGGAACGGAAGGUACAAUCAUUGACGAGGUACGACUCCAAUCACGGCGAGGAUACUGUAAGUGGUUCAACGUGGUCAAAGGAUGGGGAUUCAUCACACCGGACGAUGGUGGACAGGAUGUGUUUGUGCAUCAGAGUGUGCUUCAAAUGGAAGGAUUUCGAUCGUUGGGUCAAAACGAACCAGUGGAAUUUGACUGCAAACUAACCGAUAAAGGUUUCGAGGCAAUCAAGGUGUACGGUCCGUCACAAACGCAGUGCAAGGGAAGCGAAUUCCGACCGAGAACUAAGCGGAAGUUUAGGAAAAUGAGAUGCUACAAUUGUGGAGAAUUUUCGAACCAUUUAGCUCAAGAUUGUUCCCAAGGCCCACAGCCAAAACGGUGCCACCAUUGCAAAGGGGAGGACCAUCUCGUAGCAAAUUGUCCGACCAAACCGACACUGCCACCAGAGGCGCCCACGUUGAGUACUAGUACGAACAGCUAG